AUGUCUGAAGGAGGAAAGAAGUCUGAUGACCCUAGAUUUUCAAGAAUCUACAACGAUCCAAAAUUCAAAAAUGCCAAGACUAAGCAUUUGAAGAUUAGGUUAGAUAGUAGAUUCAGUAAAAGGGAUUUGGAAAUUAGAAACAAGGCUAAAGUGGAUAAAUAUGGUAGAAAAACAAAAGAUGAAGGCAGUAAGAAAGAACUAGACGAUUUCGAGAAAUAUUUUGAGAAGGAGGACGAAGAGGAAAAAAAGGAUACUGAAGAGACAGAAGAAAAACCCAAGGUUGACCGUGCUCGUGGCGAAGUUCCCAGCGAUUAUGUCAGCUCUUCAGAUGAAUAUACUUCUUCAGAAUCAGAAGAUUCUGAAGAGGAAGAAUUAGAUAGUGAUGUUGAAUCUGAAGUUGAGAUUGAAAAUACCAAGCCUGAAACGGGUGACGCUUCUAAGACUCUCGCUGUGGUUAACUUAGAUUGGGAUCAUGUUAAAUCCGCAGACUUAAUGGUCACUUUCUCUAGUUUUGUUCCAAAAGGGGGUAAAAUUAGUAGAAUUUGUAUUUAUCCAAGUGAGUUUGGUAAAGAAAGGUUGCAACGUGAAGAAGUUGAAGGUCCACCAAAAGAACUUUUUCAAAAGAAAAAUAAAAAGAAAGCAUCCCAUAAAGAAGACUUUGAUUCUGAUUCUGACGUAGAUAUCAAGGAUUUAUACGAGGAAGGUGAUGCUGAAAAGGAUGUAGACAGUAAAGCUUUGCGUCAAUACCAAUUAGAAAGACUGAGAUACUAUUACGCUGUUGUAUACUGUAAUAACAUCGAUACUGCGCGUGCCAUAUACGAAAAUUGUGAUGGUACAGAAUAUGAAUCCACAGCCAACAUGUUUGACCUGAGGUACGUUCCGGAUGGAAUGACAUUUGACGACGAACCAAGAGAUGAAUGUAAUUCUUUACCAAAAAACUAUAAACCAAUGCAAUUCAGUACCGACGCUUUACAACAUUCUAACGUCAAGUUAACGUGGGAUGAGACCCCAGCUGAUAGAGUUGAAGUUGCAAAGAGGGCAUUUUCUCAAAAGGAAAUUGAAGAUAUGGAUUUCAAGGCAUAUUUGGCCAGUGACAGUGAUGAAUCAGAGGAAGAAGUCAAUGAAAAUAGUAAAAAUAAAUUAAAAGCACUAGUUGGUGAAUCAUUAGACUUCGGUACUAAUGGCGCCAGCGAUGGUGAAAGUGAAGUUGACAUGGAAAUUACGUUUACUCCAGGUCUUGAUGAAGCAAAGGAAUCGGAAGAAGAGAAAGAAGAAUCUACGAUCGAGAAGGUUAGACGUAAAGAAAAGGAGCGUCGUAAGGCAAGAAAAGAUAAAUUGAAGCAACUAAAGAAGGAUGCUGAAAACGAAAAGAAGGAGAAGAUGAGAUCAUUACACGACAAGAAAUCUCGUAAAGCCGAAACUGAAAAUGAAGAAGCAGCAAAGGCGAAAGCAGAACUAGAGUUAUUAAUGAUAGAAGAUGAAGAUGACACAGAACAGUCCUUGAAUAAGAAAGCUCAUUUCAACUUGAACGAAAUUAUAAGGUCUGAGAAGGAGAAGGGCAAAAAGGGUAAAUAUCAAAGGAAAGAAAAGAUUGUUGAGGAUGAUUUCAAGCCAGAUUUAAGCGAUCCCAGAUUCAAAGAAGUUUUCGAAGAUCAUGAUUUUGCCAUCGAUCCAUCUCAACCUGAAUUUAAGCAGACUAAUGCGAUGAAACAAAUUCUUAAUGAGCGUAGUAAGCGUUCUAAAGAAAGAAGUAAAGGUGGUAAAAAUAAGAAGAGAAAGCUGGAUACCAGCACCUCAAAAAACGGAAAGAAUGCUAUAAGUAACAUUGUCAAUAAAUUAAAGAAAAAUGGGAAACAAAAUAAUCGUACUUCAGUAUGA